AAACGGAAAGGUCCACAUGCCCAGGACACUCUAGGAAGCGGCAGUGAACAUCCUCGGUAGGUUUAACUCUCUCAUUCACCUGGCCGGGCAAGAGGUCCCCAAUCCGCAGCCGCUGUCAGGAACUUGACAAUGUCCGCCUACCGCGGGGUUUAGGGGUCCGCCAGCUCGUACUUCGGGACCUCGACUGAUCCAGGGGUCGCCAAGUUAGUCUGAAGGAAAAAAAGAUGGUCGUUGCCAAGGACAUGCCGGAGGCGGAGUAGCCAGGUCACCUAGAGCGGCACGGUACGAAAACCCCAUGAUAGGAGGUCUGGGUUCUCUGAGGCACCAAGCCAACUCCUAGGCAGGGGAAGUUACCCAUUCAUUUUAAACAGGUUCGACUUAGCGCAGACUACAUAUCCCAGCACGCACCGCACGCGCCUCUCGGGCUCACACGUCGCUUAGAUGACUACCAAUCCCUAAGUGCCCGACACUGCCAGAACCACGGUUCCGGAAUCGAGAACGGCAACUUCCGACUCCGUGAUAACUGCGGCUGCGCCAGUUAAGGGCCGUCGGAAAGGAGCAGCUUGGCCACGCCUCUCUCUUACUGUUCCGCUCUCAGAUAAGCCGCGAGAGGCGGGGCGGAACCUUAGGCCCGAGCCAAGAUGGCGGCUACGAGAGCAACCCUCACGGACUCGCUCUCGUUUUGCCUCGCGCAACUCACGGCGGCGGCCGGGGAGGGUCUUGCUGGGGGAAAGGACCCAGCUAUCAACGAGACACCCCUGGGUCGGGCGCUUUUGGCUCUCCGCACGCGCCACAUCAAAGCAGCGGGGGGAAUCGAGCGCUUCCGGGCACGCGACGGGCUCCGCCCCCUUCUCGCCCUGCUACGGCGAGCUGCUGCGGACCCCGCCCCGUCACACGCAGGCCCAGGCUCCGCCCCCUUGUCUGUUGCGUCAGCUGCUUCUGCUGGUCCCUCCCCCUCCCCUAGCCCUCCCUCUUCUGUGUCGCUGUCGACGUCUUCGCCGCCAGUGCGCCUGCGCAAAACUCUGGACUUGGCGCUCAGCAUCCUAGCCAACUGCUGUACGGAAGGGGCGUGCCGGGCUGAAGUGCGCAGACUCGGAGGCAUUCUCCCUUUAGUGACCAUUCUGCAGUGUGUGAAGACAGACAGCAUCCAGAACCGAACGGCUCGUGCUCUUGGGAACUUAGCCGUGGAACCGGAGAGCUGUGGGGAGAUCCACUCUGCUGGUGCUGUUCCCUUGCUCGUGGAGAGCCUGACAGCCUGUCAGGACUCACAGUGCCUUCAGAGCGUGGUGCGUGCCCUCCGCAACCUGGCAGACUCCCCGCAGCACCGCCUGGCCCUGGCCCAGCAGGGAGCCGUGCGCCCCCUGGCUGAGCUCCUGGCCGCUGCCCCAGAUCCUGCACUGACCUCAGCCCUUGUCCGUGCCCUCCUGGAACUCAGCCGUGGCUGUUCCCGGGCCUGUGCUGAGCAGCUGAGUCUGGGUGGGGGGCUGGGGCCACUUGUCAGCCUGGCUUCUCACCCGAAACGUAUGGUACGUGAAGCAACCAUCCUGAUCCUUGCCAACCUGUGUGCCCAGGGCCUAGUCCGGCCUGCACUGGGCAAUGCUGGCGGUGUGGAGGUGUUAUUAGGUGAGCUCCGGCGACGCCGGGGCCCCAGUGGGGCCAGCCCAGCUUCUCAGCAGCCCCUGGUGCGGGCUGUGUGCCUUCUGUGCCGGGAGGCCAUCAACCGAGCCCGCCUGCGGGAUGCUGGUGGCCUAGAGGUGCUGAUGGGCCUGCUGCGGGAUCCUCAUGCCAGCGCCUGGCAUCCACGGGUCGUGGCCGCGCUUGUGGGCUUCCUGUAUGACACCGGGGCCCUGGGCCGCCUGCAGGCUCUGGGACUUGUACCUCUCCUGGCUGGGCAGCUGUGUGAUAACACUGGUGAAGAGGAAGAGGAGGGAAGAGAAGCUGCUUCCUGGGACUUCCCUGAGGAGCGGACCCCUGAGCGGGCAGAGGCUGGGAGCUUCCGAAGCCUCAGGUCAUGGCUGAUCUCUGAGGGCUACGCUGUGGGCCCCGGAGAUGUCUCUCCAGACUGGUCUCCUGAGCACUUCCCGCUGCCGGAGCCAGCAGACUCCAUCAGUAACACCCCUGGGAAGACCUCGCUCCGGACCCCAUGCACACUGCACACCCUGGGCUACAGCCCCACUGCCGCUGCCGCCACCGCUGCCGAGGAGCCCUGGGGCCGGGAAGGGCCAGCACUGCUGCUGCUCUCGCGCUUCUCCCAGGCCCCUGACCCGAGCGGGGCACUUGUGACUGGUCCAGCGCUGUGUGGCUUGCUGGCCUAUGUGACAGGUGCGCCAGGCCCUCCAAGCCCACGUGCACUCCGCAUCCUGGCACGCCUUACCUGCAACCCUGCCUGCCUUGAGGCCUUUGUGCGCAGCUAUGGUGCGGCACUGCUGCGUGCUUGGCUAGUACUCGGCGUCGCGCCGGACGACUGGCCUGCACCCCGGCCCCGGCCCGUGUGUCGAAACCAGCACCGAGAGCUGGGGGAGAUGCUGCUGCAGAACCUGACUGUCCAGGCCGAGUCACCUUUCGGAGUAGGUGCCCUCACGCAUUUGCUGCUCUCUGGAAGCUCUGAGGAUCGUGUAGCCUGUGCACUGACCCUGCCCUUCAUCUGCCGGAAGCCCUCCCUGUGGCGCAGACUGCUUCUGGACCAGGGCGGCCUCCGCCUCCUCCUCACAGCAUUAACUCGGCCAGCUCCGCACCCACUCUUCCUCUUCUUUGCUGCGGACUCCCUUUUCUGCCUCCAAGGCCUGGUGUCUCCUGUCAUGAGCCCAGCCUUUCCACCUGAAACCCCCGUGGAGCUAGACCCUCCCUCCCCUUGCCUCUACGAGCCUCUGCUGGGUCCAGCUCCUGUCCCAGCGCCUGACCUGUAUUUCCUGCUGGACUCGGGCCUACAGCUCCCUGCUCAGCGAGCAGCCUCAGCAACUGCCUCCCCGUUCUUCCGGGCCCUGCUGUCUGGCAGCUUUGCUGAAGCCAAGAUGGACCUGGUGCCACUUCGAGGCCUGUCCCCCAGUGCAGCCUGGCCUGUCCUGCAUCACCUGCAUGGCUGCCGGGGCUGUGGGGCUGCGCUGGGGCCCGUGCCCGCACCAGGCCAGCCCCUGUUGGGCUCGGACGCUGAGGAGGCCUUGGAGGCUGCUGCCCGUUUCUUGCUGCCUGGGCUUGAGGAGGAGCUGGAAGAGGCUGUGGGCCGCAUCCACUUGGGUGCAGAGGGUGCCCCAGAAUCAGUGGUUGAGGUAUUCCGCCUGGGCCGGCCCCGACUAGCUGCCCUUUGUGCACGCUGGACACUGGGGCCAGGGCAGUGCCCAAGGAAGCGGGCCCUGGCCCUUGUGGGACUUGUGGAGGCAGCAGGUGAGGAGGCAGGGCCUCUAACUGAGGCUUUACUGGCCGUGGUGAUGGGGAUUGAGUCAAGGGACAAGGGUCCCAGCCUAGAUGGUUGAUUGUCCUGGGAGAAGACCCAAGGACCUGUUUGCUAUAAAGGAGGCAUCUCAAAGUGGCACAAGAGGAAGCUGAAGGCAUCAUCAUCGAGGACUGAAGAGAAGAUGGAACCCCAGGAUGAUGGUCUGAAGUGAGAAACCAAGGCCAAUAUCUGGCAAGGGGACCCAAGAGAAGGAGAACAGCCCAGGGCCCUAGAUACCUGGCCCAGGCCUGUUCUAUGGAGUUGAGAUUAAAAAACUUUGUAAUUGGAUACCACAA